AUAAGAUUAAGGCUUCAGUGACAAAGUGUUUGGAUGUUUUAUUUCGCUACAAACACAUGACAUUAAAUAAUCUACAAUGUCCGAUGAACAGCACACAGAUUCCGACGAUGAAGAUUCUGACAGUGACAACGUGUCGGCUGGACGUCUUUCAUUUUUUGGCGCAUUAACGUGCAGUUUCAUACCUGGUUUCCUUCGCAAGUUGAGGUGGCUGCAAGGCGUUCGCAACAUGUUGAACCUUCCAACCCAGUCGUUCCCUGCGCCGAGCUCCCAGCAGCGGGUCGCUCCGUCGGGGAGAACCAAGGUUGCCUUGAAACCAGGCCAUAGUCUAAUGGACUGGAUUCGGUUCUCCAAAAGUGGAAAAGAUCUAACCGGGCUUAGAGGGCGACUGAUUGAAGUUACCCAAGAAGAACUGCAGAAACACAACACCAGGAAUGACUGCUGGACUUGUAUACGAGGUAUGGUGUAUAAUGUCAGCCCUUACAUGGACUACCACCCUGGAGGAGAAGAAGAGUUGAUGAAGGCCGCGGGCAUAGAUGGCACUGAUCUCUUUGACCAGGUCCAUCGGUGGGUAAACUACGAGUCCAUGUUGAAAGAGUGCCUGGUGGGCAGGAUGGCCACUAAGCCCACCACAACUUUUAAAGGCAUUAUCCCACCACCUCCACCAGUCUCCAACAGCACUACACCAGUGGCCUCCCUGCCAGUCAAAGACUCUAGCCCUCGGUAUGAAUGGUUUCAAACUGAGUCGACGGUUCAUCUUGUUAUUUAUACCAAAAGAAGGAUACCCAACUCAGGCUGCACCGUUGUCGACCUUGACGCUGGCGUACUGCGACUGGAAGUGCUACUGGGAAAAAUGUCCUACAUAAUACAUUUACGUCUUUUAGAAGAUGUUGACGGAAACAUUGCUGUUCACACUACUGCCACCGUGGGAAAGAUCCAGGUGACCCUCCACAAGCAGGCAAAAGUAAAAUGGCAGAGCCUUGGUCAGCCACUGGAGUUCCACAAUACAUUUUUAUGCAAAAAAGACAGAGCUCUUUUCUUUCGGGAUUGUGUGUUGGUGUCUAGGACUGAAGUGAACCAUAACACACAGGUGCUUCAGUUGCAACUUCCACGUGGAACGGUCAUGCAUGUGCCUGUUGGGAAACACAUCUACCUCAAAUCCCUCAUUCAAGAAACCGAAGUCGUGAGGCCAUACACCCCAAUAGACCAGGAGCUUUCCGUUGGGCCCGAUCCCUCUUCAGAAAAAACAUACCUCUACCUCAUGAUUAAAUUUUAUAGUGAUGGAGCACUGACUCAACAUCUCAACAGCCUGUGCGUCGGUGACCGUAUAUCAGUUAGUGGUCCAGAGGGUACCUUCAGUCUCCGCCCCCUUCGUGAUGUCACAGUUCUCUACCUUUUAGCAGCAGGCACAGGCUUCACUCCAAUGGCUCGUCUCAUUCGACUGGCACUACAGGAGAUGAACACUAUCAGAAAAGCCCAACUGCUGUUUUUUAACCGACGGGAAGAGGACAUUCUGUGGCGGAGGGAACUGGAUGAACUUGCUGCAAAGGAGCAAAGGUUCCAGGUGGAGCACAUCCUGUCUGAGCCAUGUGAAAGCUGGGCAGGCAGGAAGGGGAGGGUGGAUGAGGCCAUGCUCAAUGAUUGUCUCAUUAGGCCGGACGGGUCAAAGUGCUACGUGUGCGUAUGUGGCCCCACUGCCUUUACAGAGCUAACAGUUAGGUUGGUGAAGCAGCAGGGCUUCACUGAAGAGGAGCUCCACUCCUUCCAGGGUUGAUGUGCUGCUGCAAACUUGCAAAGACUGCAUGUGCCUUUGAGUGACAAUCAGAACUGAUUAGAAUUUAUACAGUAUAUUCAUGUCAGUGAGGAAGUAACAGUGUAUUUCUAUGCAUCAAGGAUGUGAUGAUAUAAAACAGCUGACAGACCACAGCGAAUACCCAACCCAUAAUGUUGCAUUGGUGCACCAUUCCUGAGUGUGCAACUCACAAAAGCACAGUCAAAUUAGUAUUUAUCCAGAAUAUUUUAUCUAUUUUCCAGGCCUUGGAAAUACUUUGUGCUGCUUUUCCUUUUAGCAAGAGUAAUGUCUAUUUGUAGUCAAUGCAAUGGAUGUACAUGCUAACUCCAUCCAUGGAGUAUGUAUACUUAAAAAUGCUGUACAUCAUGUGACAUUUGAUCAAUCGGUUGUAUUAAUCAACAUCAUAAUGCUGUGCUGGAGGUAUUGUGGCGUUCCCUACCAUUAGAAGUCAAGACAGAAGUAAAUAAGUGAAUGAUUAUGCAGAAACUACCAAUCUGAGCGCCACCAUUUGAGAGAAAACAGUAGUAUAAUACAAGGUAAACAUUUAGGGCAGAAUGGGGGUAGGUUGUCACACUUUUUACCCUUGUGUGAAUUGCUCAUCGUUCAACCAUCUUUCAUUAGUCAUCCCUAGAUUACAUUGACGUUUAAGGUGUUGGCAUGAAAUGUGUAGCCCUUUCAUUUUCCAACUCCUUGUGACAAACAGGAAAUUAACUACGAAAGACACCAACAUCAACAUCAUGGCAUGGUUGUCACGCAAUAUAGGGUUGUUUGUCCUUAUGUUAUUGUAAUGGUAAACAUAUUUUUUAAAAGGCAAGGCAGAACUAAAUUUGAACGCUUAAUUGUGUUGACAAAUACAUAACUUAAUGCAUCUUAACACAAAAUCAGCACAGUACGUGAACAGGAACAGGAAAAACAUCUAUAGGCCAAGACUACGUUAUAUGAGAUACACAGUCGUCCCCCGGCACUGUGCGGUUCAAAUUUCGCGGCUUCACUCUCACGAUUUUUCAAAAAUGUAUUAGUUAAUAAAUCAUGCUGUUUCAUGGUAUAAUACAGACUAUUAUAAGUAAAAAACAUGGAUAGCAAAUUAAACUUUUUUGUCUAAAUUAAGCAUUUUCAAGUAUUGGAUAAAUUAAAUAAAAUACAUACUGUAUAUAAGGCAUUCAGACGACGCAUUCAAUGAUGCUGUGAAUGAUACGCUGUUCUUUUCUAGUUGCAGGUUUGAAUUAACAGGCACAUUAAUCCCACAUAAAAAUCCCCAAUAAAAACAAGGGAUACUGUUGCAACUAACCCAUACCAAGCUAAAAUUCUUCCCCAACAUCAUGUUCUGCCCGCCUGCCAGUUAGCUCCUCUAGGAAACACAUUUAUAGCUACACAAACAUGCAUGAGUCUUAUUUAUGUCUUAAAUGGCUUAUUUACUCCUAUACUGGGUAAUGCGAGUGUAGAGGUGACUAUAGGGGUAUGUAGGGCUAUAAUGGCUGUAAUAAUGUUAAAAAAAAAAAACCCAACAGUUUACAUUUCUAAAUAAGGAGUCCUACUUCAUGAAAAUUCACUUAUCUCGGCCGCGAUAUUAACCGCGAUAAACAAGGAAUUACAGUAUAUUAAUACAGUAUAUAUGUGAUGAGACUGUAAUAACCGACCCCAAAUGGAAUUUCGUGCUAGCAUCAAGGCUAACAACUAGUUAGCUAGCUAAUAUGAAUCUAAACUAUAACUUUCCAUUCACACUUCAAAACAAUUGUUUUAAACCCAUUGAGUAAAAGCCUAGAAGAAAAACACCAAAGAGAUGGAUAUUUCCAAUUUGACACGAGAAAAACAAACAACUCUCACCUCCAGUUCAGCUGUCUUAACCCCGACUGCAGGUGAGCUCUGAUCCCACUUACUUACAUUUACAUGCCACAAUUGGAGGGACAAUGCGUGGCGAGAUGUAAUGAGCGUGACAACCAACUCCGUUCUAUAUAAUACUUACUGGUGCAUAGUGAACGGAGUCAAAUUCUUCCCUCACUUUCAGUAUGUUUUAGUAUUAGUAUUUUCUGGUGGAAUGACUGAAGAGGCUGCUGCUUUUCCCUCAACAAAAACAAAAUCAAAAAUAUUACUACAUUUGGGGAACUGUGUGUACAGUAUUUCCAACGAUAUGUUAAUUAACGGAAGAGGCGUAAGUAGCUUUGUAUUGAGUUGCAGAAAGUUAUUGGAGAGAUACUGCCAGGUGCCCUUGAACAAGGAACCAAUCGGUAUAUUACUGGUUAUCAAUAUAAAAUAUCGUUUGUGGAAAUGUAUAUUUAAGUAUGUAAGAUGCAAUAUUUUUUUAAAGUUAUUACAUUUUAUUAACUGAGCAAGUACAAGCAUAGUACUAGAUCUACAGUGGUCCGUUUAGGAUCCUUAUAUUGGUGCAGACGUGGUUGAACAGUUGUAACUGCAUAUGAAAACAAUUGUACUUGUGAGAAGUCUUCUUUUAUCUGUUCUAUCAUAUGGUUAAAUGUGUGUAAUGUUGACCUUAUAGUAAAGUCUGUGUACACAAAGCCCGU